CCUUCCGCCUGGCCGCCGCGCCUGCGCCUCUGCUCCGUGAGUCCUCUCAGCCUCGCCUCGCUGUCGAUGAAGACUACACAAACACAUUAUCAAGCUCAACAAUCCGACGGCCUGUUGGCCGGUGACGAUUACCCUACUUCUGCAAUUCUGAGACGCGUCCUUGCGCCAUUCGGCCCUGUGGACACGGCACUGACACCGCGCACACAGUGUCGCCGGCCAUGCCCAAGGCGCGCAAGAGCGACUCGGCCAAGGCCAGCUCGAGCAGCGCGGCGCCGCGCAAGAGCGAUGCCGCCGCCGCCGCCGCCCAGCCGCUGCUCGCCGGCUACCAGCCGGUGAGCGUCGGGCGGCACUGCAUCUACCUGCGCGCCCACGACGGCGGCGACGGCCGCACUCUCUUCGUCGUCAAUCUGCCGUCGGACACCACCGAGCGCCAUCUGCGCCACCUUUUCUCCGCCGCCGGCCCCGUCGAGCGCGUCUCCUUCCUCGGCGAGCGGCCCGUCGCCGGCAGCGAGGAGCUCGACGAGGAGAGCGAGGCCGAGGACGAGGCCAUGCCUGCCGCUGCUGCAGAGCCAUCAAAGGGCAAGGGCAAGGCAAAGAAGGGCUACACCAAGGUCGUGCUCAACAAGGCCGGGCCGCCGGCCAUCGUGCCGCUGCCGCCGCUCGACCCGCGCGGCGUGCAUCGCUUCCACCACACCUCCACCUCGGCACACGUCGUCUUCCUCGAUGCCUCGUCCGUGGCGCGGGCACUGGCGCUCGCGCCGCAGAAGGCAUGGCCCGAGCCGUGGGCGCAGGUCGAGGCCGCGGCCGUCUCGCUCGCCGACGAGGCCGAGGGCGCCGCACAGCACAAGCCACGACCGCGCACCGGCGCCGAGGCUGCGUUGGCCGCCGGCGUCACUGCGCCGCCGACAGGUCUGGCCUUCCUGCUCGCGCGGCAUGCCGCGCUGCGGCCACUGCUCUCUGCCGUCAAGACGCACGUCGACUCGGCCGUGGCGCACUACGCCUGGGUGCGCGCGCACCCGCCGCCGAAGCGCGCCGGCAUCGAGGGCGUCACCGUCGGGCCCGACGGCGAGCUGCUCGACGCCGAUGGCUUCACCAUCGUGCAGCGCGGCGGCAAGUACGGGCGCACCGCCGAGGAGGGCGGCGGCGCCAGCAUGCGUGUGGCGCGCCCCGAGCAGCAGAGCGGCACGGCGCGCCCGCGCAAGAAGAAGGCAAAGGAGCUCGAGGACUUCUACCGCUUCCAGCUGCGCGAAAAGAAGCGCGAGGGCCUGGCGCAGAUGCGCGCGCAGUUCGAGGCCGACAAGGAGAAGGUUGCCAAGUUCAAGGCCUCGCGGCGCUUCAACCCGUACUAGCGAGGUCAUCAUCCUGCUGCGUCUCUCUUGCUCUCUCCAUGUAUCACCACCGCGCGUCAUCUGUACUUUUAUCAAUCAUCCGCAUGCUCCC